AUGGAUGAGAAGCGACGCCUGCCGCUGCACCGCGCCGCCGCCCCCGCCGACAUGACCACCACCGCCGUUCGUCGCCGCCGCACCCGCCUAUGGGUCCCCGUCCUCCUCAUCGUCCUCCUCGGCUACAGCUUGCUGUCAAGCUACGACGUAGAUGUUCGCGGCCGCCUCGACCGCCUGUCCAAGGAGGCCAACUCGGCCGCCGCCAGGGCCGUCGGUAUCACGCGCAAGGUGCCUCUCGAAAUACACAUUAUGAGCAAAUGUCCCGACGCAAAAUCCGCACUUCAAGAGCUUAUUCUCCCUGCCAUGCAGCAGGUCCACGACAAGGUCGAUUUCAGACUAUCAUUCAUUGCCCAUCUCACUCCCGAGGACGGCAUCAAGUGCAAGCACGGGCCUCCCGAGUGCUUGGGCAACAUCAUCGAGCUCUGCGCGCGCGAGCUCUACCCCGACCCCAAAAUCAGCCUCGGCUUCGUCAUGUGCUUGACCAAGGACUACCAGCACAUUCCUGAGCGGUCCCUCGUCGAGGACUGCGCCCUCGAGCACGCCAUUGACAUGAAGAAGCUCAACGAGUGCGCUACCCGCGACGACGGCGCACACGGUAUCGACCUAUUGCGCGCCAGCGCUCAGCAUUCUGACGACCGCAACCAUCCGCCUCGACAAUGA